AUGAUUUGGCAUAUCUGUUUCAUUUCGUUGGCUCAUUUAUUUGAAAUUCAACUCUUCUCUUCACAUAUUAAUCAUCCAGUGAGUCAUCAACAUACAUAUCUGUCAUGGACAGAUAAUGCACAUAAUCGAUUUAGUAUUGAACCUAAUACAAGUGACAUAUAUAUAGAUAAAUGUUAUAGACAAUUAGAAUAUUUAAUAGCUAGAUGUUCAUUAACAAAAAGAUAUUAUAAUGAACUAUAUGAAUGUCAUCCUGUACAACAAUCUUAUUUACAGAAAAGAUUAAAACGAGAUAUUAAUGAUCAAUUGAAACGAUCUCCACAUAUACUUCUAUCAUUAGUUAUUGGAAUAACAUCUUUUUUAGUUGGUAUUAUAAUUGGGACUGUUAUUGGCAUUUUUAUUUCAGCAAAAAGACAACAACGAUAUAGUGAAAAUAGUCAACUUGAUUCUGAUAUUAGAUCGUUAAGUAUCAAUAAUGAAAUUUCGAAGAGAUCGUAUGUUUUCUAA